AUAAUACCAAACUUGGUGGUUGCACUUGCACCUUCCUCUUCUUCCCUCUCUUUCUUCGUUCAUCUUCAUCUACAGCUCCUUCUUCUUCUUCCCUCUGUAUAAAUCACUUUAUACAAUAACCCUUUCUUCGUUCAUCUACAGCUCAUUAUCUCCUUUCGUUCAUCUACAACUUCACGUACAGUUAUUCUUCUUCUUCAUCAUGGAUUCUUCUUCCUUCUCCCUCUUCUCUUUUAUGACUCUUUUCAUGCUGUUUUCCAGCAACCGUUCUGAGGGGGUUCCUCUCUCCACUAACUCCAGAUGGAUCGUGGACAACCGCAGCGGACAGCGGGUAAAAUUAGCAUGUGUAAACUGGGCAUCACAUCUUAAACCAGUUGUGACUGAGGGACUCAGCAAGAAGCCUUUAGACCAAAUUUCGAAACGAAUUUUGGCUAUGGGAUUCAACUGUGUUAGGUUGACGUGGCCAAUCUAUUUGGCCACCAAUGACACUUUGGCCUCUCUCACAGUCAAACAAUCAUUUCAGAAUUUUGGUUUAAACGAAGACAUUGCUGGUAUUCAGAUUAACAACCCCUCCAUCAUUGAUCUUUCUCUCAUUAAAGCUUUCCAGGCAGUGGUAUCCAACCUUGGGGACAACAAUGUCAUGGUGAUAUUAGAUAAUCACAUAACAAAACCAGGUUGGUGUUGCAGUAACUCAGAUGGCAAUGGAUUCUUUGGCGAUCAGUAUUUUGAUCCAGAACUCUGGAUCAAAGGUCUCACGAGGAUGGCUACUCUAUUUACUGGAGUUACCAAUGUUAUUGGCAUGAGCCUGAGGAAUGAACUCAGAGGCCCUAAACAGAACGUAAAAGAUUGGUACAGAUACAUGCAGAGAGGAGCUGAAGCAGUGCAUUCAGCAAACCCAAAUGUUCUUGUCAUCCUCUCUGGGUUAUCUUUUGACACUGACUUAUCAUUUAUUCGCAAUCAACCAGUGAAUUUGACGUUUACUGGGAAGACAGUAUUCGAGGUACACUGGUAUAGCUUUCCAGAUAAUAAGCAAUGGGAAAAUGGUAAUUCAAAUAAAGUAUGCGGUCAAGUGCUGAAUAGAAUAAAUCGGUCAGCAGACUUUUUGCUUGACCAAGGGUGGCCGUUGUUCGUGAGUGAGUGGGGAGUGGAUUUAGUGAUAAAUAAUGUGAACGAAAAAAGGUUUUUGAGCUGCUUUUUGGGUUGGCUAGCUGAACAUGACUUGGACUGGGCCUUGUGGACUCUUGUUGGAAGUUAUUAUUUCAAUGGAGGGGUCCUUGGGUCAAAUGAGCGUUAUGGAAUUUUAAAUAGGAACUGGUCUGAUGUAAGGAAUUCAAGCUUUUUACACAGAAUAUCAUUUGUUCAAUCUCCCACUAGAGGGCCAGAUUUAUUAGAAAGAACUCUGCAUAAAGUGAUUUUCCAUCCUUUAACAGGUCUCUGUGUACUGAAAAGUACAUCAUUGUUUGAUCCUAUGAGGUUGGGUUCUUGUGCCGACACAGGAGCAUGGAAUUACACGUCCCUGAAGAAUUUAUACCUAAAGGGGACAUCUUAUUGCUUACAAUCCAACGGGUUGGGAAAGGCAGCAACACUCGGCCUAAGAUGCACAGACUCAAAUUCAAAAUGGGAAAUCAUAGCAGAUUCUAAGAUGCACCUGUCAUCUACGGAAGAAGAUGGUACAAUUGUUUGCUUGGAUUUAGACUCAAGCAGCAACCUUGUUAUAAAUAACUGUAAAUGCUUGGAUACAAAUGGAACAUGUGAUCCUGCAAGCCAGUGGUUCAAACUUGUCGACAGCACAAGAGAUUGAACAACUCGGAUAUCUGAAGCCAAUCCGCUAAAUAAAACGCAUGUAUCGGUAAAAUUGUUAAUGUUAUAAGGAGUUGGGUUUGUACCUCCAACGUCCAGUCUCUUGAUAAUCGGAUGCACAUUAGAAUUCGAGUA